AUGGGUACGAAUCGGGCAAACGGAGGUGCCACGGAGGAAAGUCCAACAAUAUUGGUACGAUCUGGGAUCUGGGCUGGCGAUCAAUGGAUCAAUGGCGACUCUCGAUUUCUCGUUGGGGAGUCGGAGCAUCAUCGCCGAGCUGCUGAAAUUUCCCCGGAUGAGUCAGCCGGCGGACCGUGCAGUGCAGCUGGCGAGCCAAUGAGGCACGUGAGCCGGCCAGGGGGCUCCACCACCGAGCUCAGGAACAUCGUCUGUGGAGUGGCCGACGUCGGAAACGACCGGCUCGGACGCACUCGUCGCCCCGCCAUCAUCCACGAGAAGAGUUGA